AUGCAAACACCAACCGAAGCAGACCAACACAGUGCCACUCAGCCGCCAACCCCAUCUCUGGAGCACUGUGGAAUAGUAGAGUGGAAGGCACCUUCUUCUUCUCGGACAAUCGACGAUGGUGGCCAGCCAUUGACCACAGAAGAGGAACUGGUUUGUCCUGGCGCUCCACGCAUACCAUUCCCAGAGUCACCUGUCCUUGCAUCUCCUUCUCCAUCCUCUUUUGGCUUCCUCAACUCGUUCACCAAUGGAGAUACGUAUAAACACCUUGCCUAUGGAGGUGAGCUUGAUAGAAGCGAGAUGGUUCAGCAACAGCGUCCCUUGUUUGGUCUCUUUGCCGAGGAGAUAUCGGAGGACUCGCAUGACACCGACGCUUCAUCUCAGCGGUCCUCAGCCGAACCUGUGCCGGACGAUUCGACGUCGGAGUGUGCAAGAGAUACGAAAGGAGCAUGUCUUGCCGAAAGGCAAUCAUCGUGA